UGGUAGAAUAUUUUCUAUCAUUUUUAUACUAUUAUAUUAAAUUAUAUAUUGCCGUCCCUUGAGCUACCGACUUGGCAAUUGAAAUUGCCAAAUGCCAGAUACAUCGCGUAAUGUUGUUGUUUGCAUUACCAAACUUCAUAGGAUGCUUUAUUUGCUUGUAGUUUAAAAAGCUAUAAUCCCUUUUAUUAAUAUUAUUAUUGCUUGAAGAUUUUUUAAGACAGUUGUAGCUUCAUUUUCUUUGUCAUUAUCUCCCUUGCAUCUCUCCUUUUUAAUGAUUGUCACCUACAAAAGAAUCUGAACAAAUAAAACCCCUCAACUGAUCUAACUCUAAAAACUUGGUAUUAUUUCUCUGAAAAUAUGGCUGCUUUUGAGGGAAGCCCAUUGGUCGAGGCGGUGGAACACAGUAGAGAAGAUUUCAAUGAUCAUCAAGAGGAUAGUGGAUGUGGGUAUGGGUGCUUUCGUGCUUGUGGGUUGAAAUGGGGGCUAGGCAAUGAUGAAGGUAAAGGUCUAUUGGAGCAAAGGGAAGAUUCUUGGUGGGUUUGCAAGUUGAGGAAGAUGAAAGAGGUUUCAGAAGUGAUUGCAGGUCCUAAGUGGAAGACAUUCAUUAGAAAGAUUAGCAUGUAUGGUAAGAAGCAACAGAAGGGUAAGUUCCAAUAUGAUGAACACAGCUAUGCUCUCAACUUCAGUAGUGGGGCUCAGAGUGAAGAUGACGACUUGCCGCACAGUUUUUCUGCUAGGUUUAGUGCUCCUUUUCCCUCUGGACGUCGCCAGGGUGAACUGUGAUUCAUGCAUGCAUAUCGUGUUGAUUAAGGUUUUAUAGCUUAAAUUUGUGCACUGGAUGGUAUAUUUGUAGAUUCAUUCAUCAUUCAUUGUGUAAAUCUCAUUCUUUUGAUUCAUAUUUUUUUGUUUCCGACC